AUGCUCAUUAUUUGUCGCUGUGCCAUCUUUGCACUUUGCAUCGGCGAGGUUUCAGCCUCCCUUGUCGACGUGCUGACCAAGGUGAAGACUUUCCACAGCGCUGGUUUGGAGCUGUUCAACGGAUUGGCCGAGGAGCUCAAGGCCAAGAAGGAGGACUCUGCUUCAAAGAAAGCAGAAGCAUUCGGAAACGACUGGUUGAGCAUCCUCGGAGUCCAGAAAGGCCUUACUGGCUUGGCCAAGGACUUCACCCUCAACUAUCUGGGCAGAGAGAGCUAUCACAACCACAACGGGCCACUGGUGGACGCCCUCAAGCAGGCAGGACGGAAGGAUGCCGAAACAACUCAGAGAGUUCCGCAGAUUUCCGCGUGCCAUUCAGAAUCACCCUGA